GAACUUCUAAGCAGGGAAGCUGAUCUUCAUAAAGAAAAUGUUGCUUUGUCUGGAAGCAGCAGUCCAGAAGACGUCUUCAGCUCCUGUGCAACGCAGGCGGUAUCAGUUUGUAGGGACACCACCAUGCCUCCAGGGGACUGCCUUCAAAGACGAGGUUACACAGAGUCUUCGCUUCUGAACCUUCCCGCAGAGGAGUACAUCGGGAGCUACCAUGCACCUUUCCAGUUUGACCGGCAUGCUCUGGCCAGAAUUUCCACUUCCCCAACUUUAAGACGCCUGAGGAUGGCCUCUGCCUCACAAGCACUGUCAUUUCAGGGCGGCUCUGACACAGCUCAGCUGGGGAAUCAAAGGGAAUACACCGGCUCUCUCCACCACAUUUGUAAGAGUCCACCUCGGUGCACUACAACGUCCUCAUUGUCAUUGCCUUCUUGUGUCCAUGCAAAAUUACUGUCUUCCAAAGUCAAGUCCGAGACAACUAUAGCAGACCCAGAGUCUGCUGGCACCAGAUCAAAGCUGCCAAGCCAAAAAGAUCUUCUCAGCAAUGACAGUCCCAAUGAGACACUCCAAAACUCUUGGAAAGCCAACUCUGCUACGCUCCCUAGGAGACUCCCCCAGCCCAGCCCUACACCACAGGAGGGUGUCCAGCAAGGAGCACUUCAGAAGUUUCCUCUCCAGCCGCGAGAGAUGACGCGUGUUGUUGUUGCGUCUCACAGAUCGGCCGAGCGCAGGCGCAGCUCCGUGGUAGUGAGUCUGCCGGGACUCGAGGUGUUCCCUGGAGAUCUCCUGGUGUCAGACAGUGCCAUGGACUACCUGCCCACCACGGCCCUCCUGCUAGGCGCAGAGUCCAAAAAGCCAAGGUGGCCAUUUGCCAAAAGAGGAGUUGGUAAAGACAAACAGAAGCAAGCAUCUGAUCUGGAAAACUGUCUUUCAACCAUUAAGAUCAUAGACUGCAGCACAUACGAAUUUUUCUGCUUUAAGAGUAAAUCUUGGCAUGAAUUUAUAAAAGAGCAACAGACUGAGCAGAAAGAUGUCGACAGCCGGUUAGACGUGAAAAAAGAAGCAGCAGUGUGGGAACUUUUCACAAGUGAAUGCACUUACUUUCUGGAUCAUUUGCUGGUUCUCAAGACGAUAUUUAUGAACACUUUAAAAUACCUGCAGAGUAAUGAAUUUCUCUUGGAUGUGGAUUUGUGGAGACUUUUCGCAAACUUAGAGGAGUUAAAUAAGAUAAGUCACAGUUUUCUGAAAACUUUUUUUGAAACUGUGAAGGAGCACGUCAGCAAGUCAGACUCUGCUAUGGAUUUCAGCUCCAUACUCAGAAAGUUUUUCCAGGGUGACCUCUGCCAGACACACCAGAUUUAUUGCCUUAAUUAUACCUCCGCUGUCUUCUACUUGGAAAACCUGAGACAGAGAGAAGAUUUUGGCAUCUACCUGAAAUGGUGUGAACAAAACGAACAGUGCAAGAGGCUGCAUCUGCCGGAGCUGCUGGUCGCUCCUUUGCAUCGACUGACGCGCUACCCGCUCCUCCUGGACAACAUCUGGAAGAGGAGCGCUGACGAAACAGAGAAAGGCUUUGUCCGGUCACUCAAAGAGAAGGUGGAAAAGUCCAUACGGGAUCUGGAAGGUAAAGUCAAGUGGUUGGACAACUUUCAGAAGUUCAGGCAGCUGCAAGAGGUCAUAAUUUGGCCUCAGGUCUGGGAUCGUGACAAGAGAUUCUUUGUUCCAGAGUGUUUGAAGCAAAGCAUAAGAGAAAACAACAGCAGUGAAAACAUUUUGUCUUCAGCGAACAGACUUCUCCUUCACGAAGGGAGACUAACACUAGCAGAAAGCACAAGACUGCUUGAUGCCUACCUCUUCCUAUUCGAUGAUUUCCUAUUAAUUACCAAAAUUAAACGUAACAAAAAGAAAUACGGGGGCUCAGACACCAGCUUAAUCCCUGUCUGUCCUUCCCUCACUCCUGAGCUGCAGUCCUUCAUAAGGGAGGGAGGAUUUUGCACAGUCCUAGACCAGCCCAUCCCGCUAGACAGACUGAUACUGAAAAACGUUGACCCCAUCCACGUUACAGUCUUCAGCCUGCGAAAUGCCUUCCUGAUACAGCAUGAAAAUAGGUAUCGUCAGUGCAUAGCAGUUUUCUUGCUACAAGCUCAGACAGAGACUGCCAAGAAAACAUGGAUGUCACAGAUAGAAACGGCAAUCUCCAAUUAUACCGCACAUCAUGAAACCAAGAAAAGCACUGCUUUCUGCUUCCCAGCUGAAUCCUCUGAAAUUUAAUAAUGUCAGCACAGCACCGACAGAGCCAGUGGAAGACAGUUAUUUCUUCCAGCAUGCCUGAAGUUUCUGAAGCUACCAGAUUUCUGACUUGACUCGACAGAAAUGAGGAGUUCUGACCACAGGAUGUAGGAAUUAUACUGGAAGGGGAAAAUGAGCCAUGCAAUAAGUGUACCGCUCUUAAAUGCUCCUUUGCUUCAGCUAGGGGAAGGCUCUCGCCAUCCAGGGAAGCUUUAACACAGCUUGUCAUUUCCUAGAAAGUGGGACAGAGGAAAAAAACCUAUUCACCAGAAAAGUCUAGAAGGGUUACUCUGAGAUCAUUCAAACUUCAUUAAUAAAUUUAAUGAAAUUAAAACCGCGUAGCCAUAGCUCACGAUAGUUAUGCCUCUCUACCUACUAAACUAUAAUAUCACGAUGUUUUUUGCAUUAAC